UCUAAUUCUCUCCUUUCCUUUGACCCGCCAUUAUCAUUCCCUCUUCCCCCCCUUAGGAAACGUGAUUUCUAUUCCGCUUUUAUACUUUGACUAAAUAACCAUUUCCCCUGAUAUUUCUAAUAUCCAGUUGUCUGCGGACGAGCUGAAACUAACCUAAAUCCACACUCUGUUCUCUCCUCCAUCUACGCGCGGCCGUGUUGGAGCGAAACCUUUUUCACGGUUGGCCAUCGCGCACCGUAAGAGGUAAAAAAUCAACUAUAAUCAGGCCAAACCAUCUUCACGACCAAUAACCAUGGCAUCGAGUAACAUUGAUGAUGAGCUUUUGGCUCUGGCGGGUGGAAAUGAUUCCUCAGAUGAGGACGAAGUCGCGUCAGAGGAUGGAAGUAGGGGCAUGAGCACCUCCCCACCACCGGAGAAGAAGUCAGCUUCAAGGAAGACAAGCGCAAAAAAGUCAAAAAGGCCGACCGAUAAUGACUUGGAGGAAGAGGAAGGUGAGGCGUUCUCAAUGCCUGGUAGCCCGAAUUCUAUCGGAUCUGCGGCUAUGGACGAAUCCGAUUCCGAGGCGGAAGAGCAAGGCGCUUCGACCGAACCGGACGAAACAGAAAAAUACCCCGUCGAUGGCAUGUUCGUGAGCAUUGAGGAAAAAGAACACGUCAUGAGCCUCAGGGAAGUCGAGCGCGAAUCUCUCCUCGCCGACCGGUCCGCCGAAAUCGAACGCCAACGCCAGAACCGCAUGUUGCGCCAACUCGUGACCAAGCAGGAGAACGAAGAGAAGAAGAUGAAGCUUAAGAAGCGCACUGCCGACGUCGCUGAGCUCGAUGACGACUACCGCAAGUCAUCUCGCUCUCGCACCGACACCAAGACGGGCGCCGCCAUCGACAGUCUCAGGCGCGCCCGCGCGGAGAAGAACGACCGCGCGCUGGCUCGUGAGGAGAGGAGUCGCCAGGAUCGGCGUUCUCCCCGUGCAGACCGCCGGAGCUCCAGCCGCAGUGUCGCGAGCCGUGAUUCGUUCGAUCGUCGGCGAGGCUCCGCGUCCCCUGGGAGGCCGUCUCCGCCACGCGAGCUGCCGCCUCCAGGCAUCCGCGAUUUCGAGCGUAUUCGCGUUGGCAGGAGCCGCUUCGCCCAGUACUGUUUCAACCCCGGCUUCGACGAAGCCAUCACCGGGUGUUAUGUUCGGGUUAGUCUUGGGCCUGAUCCCAAGACUGGGAUUGACGAUUACCGGAUGGCCAAGAUCAAAGGCCUCAGUUCAGGCAGGCCAUACGCGAUAAAUGGCCCCGGAGGUUCCUUCGUCACGGAUCAGUACGUUCUCGCUGCCCAUGGCAAGGCCGAGAAGCCAUUUGCGUUCAUCUUCUGCUCUGACAAAGCAUUCACUGAGCGCGAAUUCAACCGCUACGUGGCGACCUUCAAAGUUGAGGGCCUGACGUUGCCCAAGACGGAACAACUCAUCCGGAAGAUUGACGACAUCAACAGAUUCGUCGAGCGAAGUCUUACUAGUGCCGAGAUCGACGAAAAGGUGGAGCGCAAGAAGGCACUACGGGCUAGAUUCGACCCCGAACGGCGUGAACGCAUCCGGCGCGAGAUAGAAGAGGCGUAUGCUCUAGGCAAGACCGAACGAGCAAAGGCUCUCGAGGAGGAUCUCGAGGAGCUUCUCACCAACCGUCUCGCCUUCCGCACUACUCUCAGCCCGCCUAGGACGGUCAGCGGUGGCGGGGCCCAGCAAGACCGCCUGGCCGACAUCAACCGCGAGCGCCGCCGCCAGAACGCCGCUAAUGUUGCGAGGGCGCAGCUCAAGGAGAAGGCCGAGGCGCGCAGGCGCGAGGCGGCCCUGGAGCGGGGCGAACUGAUGGAGACGGACUUGUCACGGCGCAUUCGUACCAAGGCCACGUUUGUGCAUGAGAACCGCGAGAAGGAGGCCAGCGAGAGCCAGCAGGCUUCGCGGUCAGAGACGCCGGCUAAGAAGGGCACGCCCAACUCCUCCUCGACGCCGAAAAAGGAAGCCGACGUCUUGCCUCACCUGGCCAAAGCGCUCAAGAAGGCCCGCAUGAGUGAACAGAAGAAGGGCAUUUCGUCCAUCCACCGGCCCAUCUGCGACGACGAUAUAAUCGGCCAGAUUGACCUCGAGCUCGACGUCGAAAUUGAGUAAAAUAAGAGAAGGAAGAAAAAUGAAGAAAGAUAGACGGGCCAGGUGUAACAGGGGAUAAUGGGGAGCAUCACAGAGCCAUUGGGACAAGAAGCACGGGGACUCGGUAGCCUGUUCUGAGCGAAAACAUUGCCGCGAUUUUGUGGCUGUUGACAUUGUGAUGACGCUGGCGGGGUCAUGCAUACAUUAAGACGGUAUCGUGAGACUUUGAGAUCGCCAAUCAUUUAGUCGUGACUGCCACACUUUGUCCAUCUAGGUACAAAUCUGACCUUCUCCAUGUUAGGUACCUUACCUUAGUUAGCAGGGAUUGGGCCGCCUGAUCGAACAGUCCUAGCA